CUCUCUCCUCCCAGAGUCAGACUGCAUGGUGAUUCAACUCAUUCACUCAAAGUUCCUUGCACUGGGUGCUUUUAUUUACGUGUGUGUGUGUUUUCAUCAGGACACACAUAGAGACAUGCAGGGCGAGUAGAGCCGAGUGAGUGGAUCUGUGGACGAGUGAAUUUGGAGGGUGAACAGGUAGAGAACUGGCAUCAGCAGCUUCAGCAGUUCAGCACAUUUACUUCUGAGAGGUCCAGGUCAGAGCCUAGAUGCUCUAAUGCAUUUAUCACUGGAUACCAUGAUGGUGGAUGACAACUGCCUCUCACCCAGCAACUUCCACGAGUUGGGGAAAGGUGGGGGCUUUGCUGUGGGGGGCCACGUCCACAGCAUCGAUGUCAUUCUCGGUUUCAGUAAAGACCAGGAACCCCUGCUCAGUCCUGCUGGGGUCUCUGGACCUCAGAAAAUGGACAUAGAUAGACUGGUCGAGUCUGGGAAGCAGCAGGACCCAUCGUCGCACCCGUCUUACAGCGGACACCUUUCCUCCCUGAGAAAUGGCAACACAGAGCAGCAGCAGUACCACAAUACUGGCCUAUUCUCAAAUAAGUGUAACGAUGAACUGAGUGAGCCGAGCAAGAGUGUGGACAGUGAUGAAGGCAAGUCUCCAGAGUCUUGCAAGGACGAUCAGCCCAAGAAGAAACACAGACGCAACCGCACCACGUUCACCACCUACCAGCUGCACGAGCUGGAGCGUGCCUUUGAGAAGUCCCACUACCCAGACGUGUACAGCCGAGAGGAGCUGGCCAUGAAGGUGAACCUGCCUGAAGUCCGAGUCCAGGUCUGGUUCCAGAACCGCAGAGCUAAAUGGCGUCGACAGGAGAAGUUGGACACCAGCACCAUGAAGCUCCAUGACUCACCCAUGCUGUCUUUCAACCGCCCGCCACCAGUUCACACGAGCAUGGGUACAAUGGCCAACUCCCUCCCCUUGGACCCCUGGCUGACCUCUCCUCUAUCCAGUGCCACACCGGUCCACAGCAUCCCAGGCUUCAUGGGUCCACCUCAGGGCCUCCAGCCCAGCUACACCAGCCACAGCUUUCUCAACUCCACUCCUCAUCCUCAUCCUCAUUCUCAUCCUCAUUCUCAUCCCCAUUCUCAUCCCCAUUCUCAUCCCCAUCCUCAUUCUCAUCCGCACACUCAUCCUCAUCCAUCCAUGGGUCAGGGGAUGCAGAGCAUGGCUCCACCUCCUUAUCAGUGUCCGGCACCGUUCUCUGAUAAAUACCCUCUGGAGGACGUGGACCAGCGCAGCUCGAGUAUCGCUGUACUGAGAAUGAAAGCAAAAGAACACGUUCAGUCUAUGGACAAGACCUGGCAACCCAUGUGACUAACAAACCUGGCAUGUGUUUGUCCCUAGGAAAGUGCGAUGCUGACAUCUUCAGGGUGAUGGACAGUGAGUGCACAGUUUGAAAAGAUGGCUCUGAAAUUGAUUCUGAGCUGUGAAGACUGAGGAUUUUAGGACAUGUAGUUUGUCAGUUUUUCGAAAUCUCAAGGACAUUGAAUAAAUGAGUGAAGUCUAUCGUGUGAAUUGUAACCACUUCUUUUCAUUAUACAUAGCUGUUAACUGCUGCUUUGGUUGCUGUCAACUGUUGGCAACACCUUCUUGAUGACUGUUGCUCCAAACACAAUAUGUAACCAGGAGCUGCGGCACACUUCGUCUUCUUUCAUCAUCUGUCACAUUUUGUAAGAAACCACAAGCACGCUUCCCCUUAAAUGAACGUAUAUACUAAUGUAUAACUCGUGUGCUGAUACUGGCGGGUUUUCUCGAUAAUAUGUUGAAUUGUUAUAUUGCAAAAAUAAUCAAUGAUUAUUUUUACAGAAACAUCACAAUCUGUGUUGUUUCUUCUAAUUUCAGUUUCCCAUUUUUCAUCAGAAAGUUGUUUUUUGGGUCACAGUUCAGCCAAUCAGAGUCUCAGAGAACGUGUGUGAAGGAUGGUUCUCAGUUUAAAAAGAGAGCUGCAUUUCAAUGACACCUGACACACUGUGAUACAUAUCAACAUCUUUGAUUGGGUCUCUGAAUGUCUUGAUUUAUGACAAAUG